AAAUUAAAAAAACAAUUGAGUUUGAAUGUUGAAAAGUGGAUUAAAUUAUUCGUCCGCGUUUACCCAUUACAGCAGCCGCAGCUUGACCAGAAUCGCUUCUCAAAAUGGUUUCCCAUACAGAGAGUGGAUUGCAUCAACAGUUAUAGAAUAACAAAAAAAACUAUAAAUCGAGUGAAGCAAAAAAAACAAUGAAAAAUUGAAAUCAACAUAAGAAGAGAGAAAACCACAAAGAAUUAAGAUGGGUGUUCUUCCAAAAAGGAUAAUACUAAUGCGUCACGGCGAGUCUCAAGGAAACCUUGACACGUCAGCAUACACCACCACACCAGAUCACAGCAUUCAGUUAACACCACAAGGCAUCCAACAAGCCCGCCUCGCCGGCGAUAAUCUCCGCCGUGUUGUUUCCGGCGAAGGCUGUUCCCCUGACUGGCGUCUCUACUUCUACGUCUCUCCUUACGCCCGCACCCGAUCUACACUUCGCGAACUCGGCCGAUCUUUCUCGAAGAAACGCGUCAUCGGUGUCAGAGAAGAAUCGCGUGUUCGUGAACAAGAUUUCGGUAACUUUCAAGUUCAAGAACGCAUGAAAAUCAUCAAGGAAACUCGUGAACGCUUUGGUAGAUUCUUUUAUCGGUUUCCUGAAGGUGAAUCCGCCGCCGAUGUUUUCGAUCGCAUUUCCGGUUUUUUUGAAUCGUUAUGGAGAGAUAUUGAUUUGAAUCGGCUUCACAUCGAUCAAUCAAACGAUUUGAAUCUGGUGAUAGUUUCACACGGAUUAACGUCAAGGAUUUUUCUGAUGAAGUGGUUCAAAUGGACGGUUGAGCAAUUUGAACAUCUAAACAAUUUCGGAAACUGUGAGUUUCGUGUGAUGCAGCAAGGGACUGGUGGAGAGUAUAGUUUGGCAGUUCAUCAUACAGAGGAAGAGAUGCUUGAGUGGGGAUUGUCACCUGAUAUGAUUGCUGAUCAGAAAUGGCGUGCAACUGCACCUAAAGGUGCUUGGAAUGAUCAAUGUUCUUGGUAUCUUGAUGCUUUUUUUGAUCCUCUUACUCAAUCUGAAUCUGAUGAUGAUGAAGCUAACCAAGAUGAAGAUGAAGGUGAAACUGAAAAUGAAACUAAUAGCUAACUAAAUUCUUUUAGUAUAGCAUAGAAUGAUGAAGAAUUGAAAACUGAAAACAAAUUUCAAUAGACAGAAGAAUUUGAGAAUUUAGUAGAGAUUACAAUAGAUAACCUUCGAUUGAUUCCUUAUGUGUUAAUUAAUUUGAUUGUAAAAUUAGAUUUGUGCAUUUAUCCAUUGCAUGAUUAGAAUAUUUUUUU